AUAACAGCGGAGGAUUCAAACCGAACAUGGCCGCGGGGAAGGAUGUCGACGAAAACCCCCAAAAUAGAAGAGGUACAGUGUGCAGUAUGGUGAUCAAUCAUGAGGAAUCCCCGGGGGCCUCUCGCGCCGGCCGACCGCCAGUCAUCUUCAAUCCGGACUUUUUUGUGGAGAAGCUCCGCCAUGAGAGCCCAGAUGUUUUCCUGGAGCUGGUGCUCAGUAACAUUACUCGCCUUAUUGACCUUCCCGGGACAGAGUUUGCUCAGCUCCUCGGCGAGGAGGGCCCCAAGACCCCAACAGGCGGAAAUGGAGGCUUCUUUCGUUCGUUCAACUUCCUCAAACGCAAAGAUAAAGGCGUUGUGUUUGGAACCCCGCUGACUGAAAGCUGCAUCGCCCAGAUCUACCAGCUCAUUGAGUACCUCAGCAAAAAUCUGCAGGUGGAGGGUCUGUUUCGGGUGCCGGGGAACAGUGUUCGGCAGCAGGCCCUCAAGGAGCUCCUUAACAGCGGGGCUGAUGUCGACCUGGAGUCUGGAGACUUUCACCCCAAUGACGUGGCCACGCUGCUCAAGACUUUCCUGGGAGAGCUGCCCGAGCCCUUACUCACACACAGACACUUCCACGCACACCUUAAGAUAGCUGAUAUGACUCUGUUUGACGAGCAAGGCAACAAGACGGCGAUACCCAACAAGGAGCGUCAAAUCGAGGCCCUGCAGCUUCUCUUCCUGCUGUUGCCCCAGGCCAACCGCUCACUGCUCAAACUGCUGCUGGACCUGCUCUACCACACUGCCAAGCAGCAGGACAAGAACAAGAUGUCAGCCUUCAACCUGGCCCUCAUGUUCGCCCCGCAUGUCCUGUGGCCCAGACACAUGACAGCUGGUGACCUGAAAGACAAUCUGAAGAAACUGAACAACAGCAUGGCAUUCCUCAUCAAACACUCGCAGAAACUCUUCAGGGCUCCAGUCUACGUGCGGGAAUAUGCCAGAGUGCACUUCACUGGGAACAAGGCUCUGCAGAUCAAGGACAAUCUGGAGCUGCUGGCGGCGAGCAGCUCUCCCGCUCAGCGGACCGUGUUGCCCCUGAAGAGGACGGCUGUUCUGGGCACAAGUUCUCAGGAGCAGUGCCAGUCACCAGCUCAGCAGUACACGGAGGAGGCCCUGAAGGAGCUCUUCAGACACGUCCACCACAACAUGCCGGACUCCGCCAAGAAAAAGAAGCUCGUCAGACAGUUAGUCAAACAGACCACCUCAGGGACGCCUACCAACGAGCACCACCAGGGCCCCCCAGCUCCCAGCAAGAAACAUCCCCGUUCACGGUCCUUUGGUGGCCUCAUCAAGCGCAAAGCUCGUGGGGAGCAGCUGACGGCAGAGCGGCGGGUCAGACACAUCUCCCCUGAUACUGUCACCAGGGCAGGAAGAAAACCUGGUAAAGAGAAUGUCAUCCUCCAACGGGUGAACGGCCCAUUAAAUGGUCCUGUGUUGGGGAAGGCGGGGCUGGUAGUAAAAAACCCAGACUUUUCUUUUACUAAGGACAAACAUCUGAAGGUUUCCAAGGACUCUCCCUCUGUGUCCAGGAUGUGUUUCUCUCCUGCUCAGGAGAUCUCAGUGUAAAACCCGACACAUCCUUCUCAUCUCAGACCGGAUUUGGGCAGCCUCGAUAUUAUUAAUCCUCAUGUUUAUCACACUGUUUUUCAUUGUAGUCAGUCUGUUUAUAUAACUGUGACUAAUAUACACUAGUUUUAGCCUCAGCCGGAACAGCCAAACCAAAGUCGGGAACCCCCUGUUGUCUCAGCCCCUGGACGUUCAUCAGGACGUGGCUGAGUGUUUACAUACUCAGUCGCACUUUUUGUGCAAAAGUGUCCCUCAGUUUGGUUUGUUAGUGAUUCUGAUCGAUUGAGGCAGAAGUCAUCAUCAAUAUUGAAUGAUCAGCUGCACUUGAAGACGGCCCCCAGGGGUUGCUUCUGUAAGGAUGGGGUGUAAAGUUUGGGACCUCACAAAGUCUGCAGCAGCUGCUGUGGGUACUGCAGACAUUCUUUUAAAUCAUCUUCAUUUUAUUUUUGGACCACGCAGGGCGCCUCCGAUAGGUUGGUUUUAUGGAAUCAGUGGAUUUGAUACGGUAGUGAAUUUUAAAGUCAGAUCAGACUUUAUUUUGGAAAUCAGAUGUGAGAAGAGAGGAUGUAGGGCUGGGCGAUACGAGCGGUUAUGAGAAGCACAAUACAAUGCACUUUGACAAGAGAGAAACUGAUAUAUUGAAUUUUUUUUUUUUUUUUUAAAUAUGCCAAGCUGAUCACACAAGCGUUAAUACUCCUCAUGUUGCAUGGUAUUCUGUUUUGACUAAACACCACUCUAAUCUUUGGGCUUUUCGCCCGGCUCUGCCUGAUCCUGAAUCAUUCGAAGGAAGCGUUAACCGGUGUCUUUUGCUUUGGUUUGGCUCCACUGGCUCGUGGCUGCUCGUGCCACUUAUCACUUGAAACUUGUUUCGUCGGCGUCUGCGUCAGAAUCUAUGACCACCAGCUUUCUGAGCUCGCAGCCUGCUGUAGCGUGUAGAAUAUGCACACAUGUUGUGCCGUGCGUGUGUCCGUGUGCGUUUUUUUUAGACUUCGUUCUCUUUGGGAACUGUGACGUGAACGUUCGGUACGACAAGUUGAAUCUCUUUGAUUGCUGGACGAUAUUUGGUGUCUUGGUAUUGCGGUGCUGAUCCAGAAUCAGUGAGCAGGUCAACUUAUUUUUCA